AUGAGGAGGAGCUCGCUUGUUUAUUCAUUCACGUCAGACCCUCUCUCUUCCUCCCCGUGCCUGGUCCCUCCUUCCCGCUGCACACAACAGGGACCCUCCAAUGUACCGCACUAUUCCCACAUUAACACACACCACUAUCACGGCGCCAUCAUACACCGCUUUUGGAACCAGGAGGAGGCGAUCUGGCGCCAGGGUAGAUGUGAACCCACGGUAAUGGCCCGGAUGGUGGACACAGGCACACAGACAGAUCCCGUGGUUGUGCUGUCCUUGGCCCAGGCUGCUGUCUUAGGUCUCAUCUCGCAGAAUGAAGUUUUCGGAGCCACUAUUGCACCCAAUGGCUUUUACACUGGUGAACCUAAAGAAUCCCCUGCCCCCACAGUAGACGGAGUGGACUACGAGUACACGGACCAGCUUAUUGGAGCUAACGGAGAUUAUCUCGGAGACAAUUUGGGAGAAGACGGUCAGAUGCAACCAAGCUGUAGUCAGAGGAGGUGGCAGCAAGGCCCCCCUCAGCACCAGGAUGUUAAAAUGGUCAUCCCGGACCGCCACAGCCUCCCAGUGGGAGACGGGACUCCUAUAAAAGGCGAGGUUGUGAGCACUGUAAUGCCUUCAUGUGUUCACAUGCUCAACAAUAUGGCCCCGAGAGGUGGUUUGAUCCAGGUAGACCCAGCUGCUCUGAGAGUUCAUAAUAAAGACUGUGUAGAGUGUGAGCGGGAUGUAUCUACACGACAGCAGCAGCCGCAACAACAGCAACAAGUCCCUGUUCACGUGCACCCUCCUCCAGGCCCUGUGAGCCACAGAGGAGCUGAGCCCCCAGCCCACAGAGGACUACAGGCGCCAAGGCCCAUGGGAGCUCAUGGGCAAGUGGCUGGAGAGGAGGGCGAUGGAGUGGAACAUCAGCCGAACAACAUGAUGAAGCCCGCUCAGCAAGAGGAAACUAUCAGCAGCUACUUCCAAUCCAGUGAAGUGGGCAGCUAUGACUCCAAUGAAAUGGGCAUAAGCGGAGAGUAUGAGGACAGUGGCCAGAACAUGAUGUGGACUGAUGGGAGUGGAGGGGGGCAGCAUCAGCCCCCUCAGCAACCCCAGAACCCACGUCGCCAAGGGGGUCGCAGAGUCGACCGACUCGAUAUAAAUAUUCAGAUCGACGAGUCUUACUGUGUGGAUGUUGGCGAUGGACUCAAGCGCUGGAAGUGCCGCAUGUGUGACAAAUCCUACACAUCUAAGUACAAUCUGGUCACACACAUCCUGGGCCACAGUGGCAUAAAGCCACACGCCUGUCCAAACUGUGGGAAGCUCUUUAAGCAGCCCAGUCACCUUCAGACACACCUGCUGACCCACCAGGGCACCAGGCCCCACAAAUGUACUGUGUGCAAGAAGGGCUUCACUCAGACUAGCCAUCUCAAGCGCCACAUGCUCCAGCACACUGACGUUAAGCCCUACAGCUGCCGCUUCUGCCGCCGGGGAUUUGCCUACCCCAGUGAGCUAAGAGCUCAUGAAGUGAAGCACGAGCGUGGACGAUGCCAUGUGUGCUCCCAGUGCAGUAUGGAGUUCCCCACCUACGCCCACCUCAAACGCCAUCAGACCAGCCACCAGGGGCCGCACACCUUCCAGUGCACAGAGUGUAAUAAGUCCUUUGCGUACCGCAGCCAGCUCCAGAAUCACACCCUGAAGCAUCAGAGUCCCAGACCAUACAGCUGUUCCCAGUGCGGCUUGGAGUUUGUGCAGCUCAACCAUCUACGACAGCACUCGCUCACACAUAAGGGAAUGAAAGGCCACAAGUGCGAGGUGUGUUCGAGGGAGUUCACACUGUCGGCCAACCUGAAGCGGCACAUGCUUAUCCACAACAGUGUGCGGCCGUUCCAGUGCCACGUCUGCUUCAAGAGCUUCAUCCAGAAACAAACACUCAAGACCCAUAUGAUAGUGCACCUGCCCGUGAAGCCUUUCAAAUGCAAAGUAUGUGGCAAGUCUUUCAAUCGAAUGUACAACCUCCUGGGUCACAUGCAUCUUCAUGCGGGCAGUAAACCGUUCAAGUGUCCUUACUGCAGCAGUAAGUUCAACCUGAAGGGCAACCUGAGCCGACACAUGAAGGUCAAGCACGGGAUGGAGGUGUCUCCGGAAACGCAAGAAGUUCUACCAGAAAUGGAAAACCAGGCUGAAUAUGAAGGACAGAACUUCAACUAUACUUCAGCAGACAAUAUGGACAACAGUGGAUCCCAGAACCUCACAAAGCUCACAAAUGCAAACAUGGAAGAUAUGGAGGAAUAUUACAACUUUGGGAAGGACUCAAACACCUACACUUCACCAUGA